AUAAACCCUAAUCAUCUAUAAUUUUGUAUUGAUUCGUAUCGAAUUUACAGGUCAUUAAAAAUUGUAUAUCAUUAUCUCACAUGUGGGGUGCUUGAAGCAUGGUUGAGCAAAAAAUUAAGCCAUGAACAAAGCUCAAACCCACUGGAAACUGCCAAAAGGCAAAAGCAAACUAGUGUUGGUAGAUGCUAUCUUUUAGGCUAACCAAUCCUCUCUCUCUCUCUCUCCAAGCAAAGUAGGCCAUGAAGAAACCACUUCCUAUAAUAAUUACAGCCAGCAAUAUCCAAUAAUUAUAGCCUCAAGUUUUUCCUGGUUUAUGCAGCAAUUUCUUCAGCUAUUCUUGAUCCGGCCAUAACAAAUCGUAAAAAUAUAUGUCGCAGGAACUGAAAAUACUGUUAGUCGUUGUUACUACUACUCUGUUCCACAGCCAUGUGGCCUUUGCUUCUGACCCAGAUCCAGUCCUAGACUUCUGCGUAGCCUUCAAAGACUCUGCAACUGCAACCACAACCACAAAUCCAUCAUGCAAGAACUCAUCAGCUGUCACUGUGGAAGAUUUCACAUUCUCGGGCAUAAAAUUUCCUGGAAACUACAGCCAAACAGGCUUUUCAGCCAUGCCAGUGAACUCAAACGUGUUUCCAGGCUUAAACACGCUUGGCAUGUCAUUUGUGCGAGCAGACUUCGGCGUCGGCGGCAUCAACGUGCCGCAUUUCCAUCCGAGAGCAACUGAGACUGCGUUUGUGUUGGAGGGAAGGAUUUAUUCGGGAUUUGUGGACACGAACAACAGGGUUUAUGCAAAAGUGGUCGAGAAAGGAGAGAUUAUGGUGUUCCCCAGAGGUCUACUUCACUUCCAAAUGAACGUCGGAGACACACCGGCGAGUAUUUUGGGGAGUUUCAACAGCCAAAACCCGGGCUUGCAGAAAAUCCCGAGUGCAAUUUUUGGAUCUGGAAUCGAAGAAAAGCUUUUGGAGAAGGCUUUUGGAUUGAAUGCCAAGGAGAUCGCCAAGUUGAGGAACAGGUUUCUUUCCCACUGAUUCACCUACCUACUACACUUGUAUCCAACAAAUUCAAAAUUAUUAUUAUUUAAGUUAAUUUCAUCGCU